AUGAAGGAAUCAAAGGGUUUGGAGUGGUGGGUGGUAAUGUUAGCUUUGAUAUGGCUUUGUGGUGUUGGGUGUUUUGGUUUUUGGGAGGAAGAGAGGGUUGCUCUCUUGCAACUCAAAGCUUCCAUAAACUACCCAAAUGGACCUUCUUUGCCAUCUUGGGAGGAUAGAGUGGAAGUUUAUAACAGUAUGGUGAGCGACUGUUGUUAUUGGGAAGGAGUUGAAUGCAACGAGACCACAUCUCAUGUAAUUAAGCUUUUCCUUAACUCUACAAGGGAUGGGUCUUUAGGAGAUUGGUAUUUCAAUGCCUCUUUGUUUCUUCCCUUUAAAGAGCUCCGAAAUCUUGACUUAUCUAAUAACCAGCUUGUUGGUUGGGUCGCAAAUGAAG